AUGCGUGUAAUCGAGAGCCAGAAGGAGGUGCUGCACACCCUCCGCCACCCUUCGCAGCACUCCGCGACAGACCGCAAGAGGGCCUACAUGUUCCUGUUUGUGUACAUUCUCAGCGCUAUCGCGUUCGGCGGGAAUCUUCUCCACUUUAUCAGCGGCUGGAUCGCCGCCACGGUUCUGCAGGUGGUCAUGACCAUCUUGAUAAUGAUAUAUGCCUUCAAUAUUAACGACUACAGUGACAAGAGCAUGAGCUCGAUGGAGUGUGAGCGGGCCUGCAACCCGCUGCUCGACGCCUACAUCGCGCUGCGUGCGGUGCAGCUGAUCCAGGCGCUCUUCUUGCGCAGUUUUGUGUGCUCCUUUCUCUUUGCCACGGUGCUUAUCGUGACUCUCUUCCGCGUACGACAGAAGAAGCUGUACGUUGAUGCCGUGAAUCUGUGGCGCGAGGUAUCGCAGUACGAGCGGGAAGGCUUCAUCUUCAUAGGUGUUGAUGUGGUUAUGAUUAUUGUGCUGAUGCUGUCCAUGGUGUUCUCCAUAGUCUCGAAUUACAGUGGCUGA